AUGAAUCCAAGCGCGGCAGUCAUGUUCGAGGAGAAUGAAAAGAAAAAGAGGAAGCUCUUCGAGGACGCGCCAAACUACGACGCCAACUUCUUAUCCAACUACGUAAACGAGUUUAGCAACAACCACGUUGGCUUCCCCGGGGUGGGCGGCAACGAGGUUGGGGGUGAUCAUGUUAGGGGGGACGCUAUUAGGGGCAACGAAAUUAGGAGCAACGAUAUAUGCGCCGGGCAGGUGGGCGCGAUGUGCGCAAGCCAUCUGGGGGGGACCCACCUGGGUGUAUCCUGCAUGGGUGUACCCGGCAUGGGUGUACCCUGCAUGGGGGUGAAUCAAAACCCAUUUGACGCCCACGCGGAAAGCAGGAAGAAUCCCCCCUCCCCCAACGGACCCAACAACUGCAACAGCGUCCACUUUAAUAAAAAUGUCCUAAUUAACAGCAUAGACGUUCUCCUAAAUUUUAUAAAUUACAGCUGCCUCAAUGAAAGCAUAAAACAUGAAGUCCUCUACGACAAUUUGUUAAAUUUGCGUUUUCAUAUCCUCAGCUUAAAUGACGAAAAAUUUAAUCAGAAAAAGAUAACUGAGUAUUUUUUUAAAAUGUAGACGCGUUGGGAGGGGUGGCGUAGCCAGGUGCCUCGCCUGUGGCAUCCCAUGUGUGCGUUCCCCCCUGCGCAAAAAUUAACUCCUUCAUCAGUGGUAUGGAAGCGGCGAUUUGGGUGAAGCGGUCCAAUGGGCGAAGUGGUCCAAAUGGGCGAAAUGACCCGAGUGAUCCGCAUGGCCCGAAUAAGCAAAAUGCGUCAGCUGUUCGCGCCGUCCGUAAUUUUCGAAUGUCCCCAUUUAUCCCCCCACUUUGAACAGUUUUGUUAACCAAUUUUUUCUUUUUCGUUCUGCUUUUUUUUUCUUUUUCGUUCCUCUUUUUCGUUUUUUUUUUUUCCUUUUUCGUUCUUCCUCGUCUUCCUCGUCU